UUUUAAAAGCGUGCUACCACAGUCAAUUUGCUUAGCCUCUUUUGCCAGAUUUUACUUGAUUUUCCCAAUCGGGAGUGUGUUCCUAAAGUGGAAUUCACAGACCGCGGUAGUGAUUGUGCCCUGAAUCCUGAUAGUGUCCAAUUCAGUUUCAUAUAGAGAGAGAGUCAUUGAAGUUCUGUGCAAUACUUCACUGAUUCCGAAUACUGUUAGAUACAUAGUGAAAUAAAUUUCUUGGUUAAGAUCCAGAUAAGUUCCUGAAUAUGUUCAAAAUCUCUGGUGACAUUUGAAAGUAAUUUGAGAUGUGGAGAAGCAAUCAAUCGUAUAAAUGCUCCUAGAUGUCUUUCAUAAGCAAUAAAAUCAGUAAAACCAGAGAUACGUUGUGUUGGCAGUGAUUAAACUUUGUCACCAAUUCAAAACUCCAUUAUAUAAUUCCAAGUGUGUGGAAUGUAAGACUGAGUCGCCUAGCAGUCUGAUCCGUAGUCACCCUUAGCAGAAAUCAUGGGAAAGAAAAAGGUUCCCGUUGAGGAUUUGAUUGUACCUCCACAGGAUAAUCGGAUAUGUGGCACAAUAUGCCUGUGUCAGAUGACAUUGGUCCUUAGCUCCGUAGCUAUAGUUUACCUAACAGUGGCCAUCUAUAUGCCCUCUACGCGAGCAUUUAAAAGUGGUAUUGACGAGACUCCUGUCAUGUGCACCACCACAAGGGCUGUCAACAAGGACAAUUGCGAGUGGGGCUCAUGCGGUGAAUGGUGCCUGAGUAAAACAUCGGGAGCAUGUAUGCAAAUUUAUGUCAAUCUCCGCAACAAUGGGACCAAUGUUAUCUUCCAAAACUGUACGAAUUCAGCGAAUAAAACAUGCUUUGGGAUAGACCAGGAACGAGCGGACAAAGUGCGGUGCAUAGCUGAUGAAUGUAAAAACCUCACGGGCACCUUCAAUUGUACUAUGGGGAAAUGUUUGAACAUAACGGACGCUUUCGAGUGCGUCUUUCACAAUACGGAUUCACCGCUUAAAUGCUCCGGUCGACGUGGGAAAAUAACCUGCAUCGAUAUAGAUGGCCUAUUUUCGUGUAACCGAGGGACUUGUCGAAAGAUAUUAACUCCAUACAAUUGUGAUAGGCGAUGCGUGGAUAUUCCAACCCGGAAUAAAAACGUGGUAGUGCUCAGUGGUGAUAAAGUGUAUUUGUCGCAGUGUCAGAACGCUAUAAACGCAGAGACUAAAGAAGAAGUGUGGAACGAGAUGGCAGACAAUGUUCUGAUGGCAUCAUGUUAUAACAUACGUAAUAAUUCCGACCGAGUAGAAGCAAUAGAUUGCAUCAAUGGGUCUGUGAUCGAGAAGAGCUUCCUUACAGACCUGACCAAUUUCACUUUCCUCAGCCACUUGCAUGUAGCCGUAGCCUCACCAGUCCUUCAGAUUGCCCCACCUGACGUGGACUUAACCAUUUCAAAUGAAUCUCGCCUAAUGAUCAACCUGGAGGGAUGCGUAAACACCCUUAUGGACGAAUGCAAGGAGUUCCUACGCGAAUACGGCAAGGAUGGAACUGAUCACAAUGCUCGUGCUAGGUUUCCAUGCUUUUAUGCACCGGCGAACAAGGAGGUGGUGGUGGCUCGGUUCAACCUCGAUAUCACUUAUAAGCAAUUUCUUGUAGCAUCUGUAGUUCCGUCAGUGUUGUUUGUUGUUUCGUGUCUUGUGCUAGUUCUUUGUCAGACAACAGUUUAUGUGGGUGAUGAUGCAAAGAUGCGAUUUAAAGGGUGCGUGGAUACGGACACAAUGCUUGCGGCGAAAAAUAUGGGAUCACAAGCGAAUAUGGGCGACACUGGAGGUGGUGAUUCUGUGAUGGCACUUUGAGAUCCGUCACGCAUUCCUCUGCUGCAAGAAGAUAGCCCAGUUCAUCAUCAGUCCGGAGUGUUUUCGUUGCAAUAGCUCAAAGACAUAAUAUUCAUCUCAAAAAAACUUAAGUCUAAAUACUUAUCGACGGAGAAGAAGUGAAGUGUUUC